UUUUUUUUUUAAAUAUGUUGCUUUACCAUUUUUUGAAAACAAAAAAACUCCAUUCACUUACUGAACUGAUAUUUCUGCUGCUGAUAGCCCGUUACAACACCUUUUGGCUUUGAAUUGAAGCAAGAAAAGCGGUUCCUCGCGGUUUCUUAUUAACGACUUUUCUGAAGAUCCAUAAUCUGGAAAAUUUGCUGCAUGGUAAUCCUAACUCAAGUUUCUCUGUCGCAAAGCCCUAAUCUAAUCUGCCCAAACAUUGAUGCUCUUCGUUCAUUGAUUUAGUUUGCUAGGCAGCUGCACUGUAACUUUUAGAUUUGAAGGAAGAGAAGCCAUCAGCGUCGGUUCAAAAAUAAGAAGCAAGACAUGUCUGCACUGUUCAAUUUCCAUUCGUUUCUGACAGUGGUGCUGUUGGGGAUUUGUACAUGCACAUUUGUGAAGAUGCACUUUCCAGCAAUCCUUGAACAGAGAAAUGGAUUUCGUGGUUUCUUUUGGAAGGCAGCUAGAAUAGGUGAACGUUUGAGCCCCUGGGUUGCUGUAGGAUGCUUCACGAUGGGCGUGUCGAUAAUCUUUUUCUGAGAUAGAAAUUUGUUGCCUCUGUAUGUGGAAGUUUUCCUCGUGCAAGGUGUUGAUGACAUCCUUGGACCUGCCUGUAUGCUGCUUAACCGAGCUUGUCACCAUGCACAGCAGUAUGCUAUAGCAACAACUCUAUCAUUAUUUCUUUAUUUUUUCUGCCAUGGAUCAUAUCAGUUGAAUAUGCUCCUCAUUUUCUUUAUUUUUUUUUUGUCUGCAAUGGAUUUUAUCUUGUUUUAAUCCAAGAAAUAUGGCGUGGAAAUUGAACAGAGUAGAAGGUUUGAGGUGACAAUUUGGAAAGUAUUAAGUAUUUUCACAAUUUAAAUAUUUGCGGUGAAAUUUUUUGCUGCA